AUGGCGGUUGUUUUGCGCGACGUUGCGUUUGCAACACAUAGAAGGGCAUGUCUGAAGGAGACAAGCAUCACAGCAUUUUGUGUUACAUCUAGAAAUUCUGCAACAAGUGGCAUACUCUCAACCAGAAUCCGGCAAAGUACAGACGCGAGUCUACGAACUUACAGAAAUCCCCCUUUUCAGAACCGAGUUCCAGCUUCGGCGAGAGCAUUCUCCGUCUCAUGUGCUCUGAAGUCUACCCCAAAAUUCAAUUAUGGCAUAUCAGCUUCUUUUACGGCUAAGGACCGACGAUAUAACCCUACGAGAAACGUGUUCAACUUCAACCCUUACAAUCACAUUCGGGCGCGGAGGAAAGACAAACGAACUCGGCCGGACAGUGGCCAGGAUGCAUUUUUCGUCAGUAGAAUCGGGGAAACCUCAGACGUGGCACUUGGAAUUGCAGACGGAGUGGGAGGCUGGGUAGAUUCUGGUGUCGACCCAGCAGAUUUUUCACAUGGCUUUUGCGACUACAUGGCUCACGCAGCAUAUACGCACAAACCCGAGGAGUGGAAGGUACCACUAGGGGCUAGAAGCCUAAUGCAGAGAGGAUAUGAGGACAUUAGCAAUGAUGAAACUGUUCCAGCUGGAGGCAGUACGGCAUGUGUUGCGAUUGUUAGGGAGUCCGGGAAGCUCGAAGUUGCGAACUUGGGGGAUUCUGGAUUCGUGCAACUCAGAAGUAAUGCCGUACAUACAUACUCGGAACCCCAGACCCACGCUUUUAAUACUCCAUACCAGUUAUCGAUUGUCCCAAAGAAAAUGCGCGCUAGACAGAGGGCAUUUGGAGGAACGCAGCUUUGCGAUAUGCCGAGAGAUGCAAACGCAUCGCAGCAUUCGUUGCGGCAUGGCGACGUUCUGGUCUUCGCUAGUGACGGCGUAUGGGAUAAUCUGUCUAGGCACGAUAUAUUGAAAAUCGUGUCUAAAUUGAUGAUUGGGGCCAAAGCCUGGAUACACACUGAGAAUGGUAUUGACGUAGGAGCAGACAUCAGUAAAUUUGUCAUGACAGAUGUAACAAGCGGUACAGAGGAUAUACCCACUUUGCAGAGCUUUUUGGCCAUUGGAAUUACCGGCGAGGCGAAGGCAGCCAGCGUCAACACAAAAUUAGACGGCCCGUUUGCGCGGGAGGUUCAAAGGGAAUAUCCACACGAGAAUUGGCGGGGUGGAAAGGUUGACGAUAUAUGUGUCGUUGUAGCUGUCGUGUGCGAAGAAGGAAAGUAA